AUUUACCACCACGGCCAGCGAAUUGCAUAAUCACACAGGUUUAUGCUGGCUUCUUCCUAGAGCAUACUGUUCGGGGGCCUUGGGACAUACAAUCUAACGCGCUAUUCACGCGACGCGACAACCUCGGUGUCACGCGCGAUGAGCCUGAUAGUGGGAAACAUCUAGGAACAACUUCAUGCGCGCAGGAAAGAUAGACAUCAAUGUUAAAUGCAUUGAUCCUUGCCAUAUUAUAUAAUCAUGUCAUCCGGCUCCGAAACAGAAACUGAAGUCAGGCCAAACGGCCUCCAGGAUGCAAUCAAGCAUCUCGAAGCAGUUGCUUUUGUGCCUCCCAAGCAACGCUACACGGACGCUGGCCAGUUGGCCAAAACAAUAGCUACCCGCGCGUACGAGAGCGGAAUUCCCCCGGCUGCGCUCGAGCGACUGCUCAAGCUUCUUACGACUCACAACGCUCUUGAUCAAGGCACAGUCACUACGCUCGUCAAAAAUCUGUAUCCAGUGGAGAGAAUAUCUUCCAAAUUGAUCACCCAGGUCGUGUGCUGUCUUGGCCCCGCCAAAACUAAACCAAGCCCUGCGACGCAGGCUUUGCUGGUGCGAUGGCUGAUUCUGGUGUAUGACUUCAUCGACGACAGAUCUCAUUUGUCGAAGCUCUACGCUGUGCUUUUUAACUACUUGGACAUGAUAAGUCUACGGAAGCCUCUGUGCCAUCUGCUUUCUUUUAUCACGAGGCGCAAGCAUGUGAAGCCCUUUCGGAUCCAGGCUCUCAUGGAACUGGUCAGUGUUUCAGGUGGUGAAGAGAAGGAGCUGCUUAUCCUGCUCAAUGUUUUCAAGAACUACUGCCCUGAUGUUAUUGUCGGAGAUUUGGGCUUUUCGGGGAGAAAGGCGGCGUUCUUCAAACAUCCAGAUCCCGAGUGGACUGCUCACGUCAGAAACAUUCAAGAUACGCACCUUGAAAAGCUACAGGCAGCUGGACCCUCAACCUUCCAGGUAGUGCACCGCGGACUUGCAAAGAGAAGUAAGAUGGAGGUCAUUGUUUCUGAUGUGAAGACCUCAAGGGUGUCCUAUAACCACACCUCUUUGGAAGAAUUGCGUGGUGUUGAGCAUCUUGUUGAGAAGAUUGACAAGAUAGAAUUGCCCAACCAGAUUAUAUCCAUGCUGGGGAACAGCUUGGCGCAAAAGUACCUGUUCUUGGUUCGCUCCGAGGCUGCAAAUCACCGGCUGAAUGACUGGCUGAGGACGUUUCUGAGCGACCAGUUGGAAUAUGCGCGGACAGAUGACGUGGAGGAUGUUGAAUCCCUGAGUUACAUCUUGGCUUUGGCGGUGGAAUAUGUGCAAUAUACAAAGGAAAUACCAGACGCGUUUACAUCAUUUCUCAGAAAAUAUCUCAUUUCGUGGAAUGGUGAGGAUAGCAAAGAGCAAAUACUGGGGCUUCUCGAGUAUCUCCCCGUGCAGGACUUCGACACCUUGCGCCAAGAUUUCUUGAUACCCUUGGAGAGUGCAAUUCUGAAUGCCGAGCUAUCAUCAAGAACUUGUUUGCUUGAUUUCUAUGCUUGCUUGAUCCGCCAGUGGGGAAUUCAAUUAAGGACACAUCCCCUGGCCUUGGAGGAAUCGAAGCCAUUGGGUCGCCUGAUAGCUCAUGCAGAACUCUUGGCCUUGUCAACCUUGGAAUCAAUCACUAUAAUGCAGCAGCCGUUACGUGAUCCCAGUGAGAGAUACAAGCCUGCCACGUUGUCUAUCACAGACUUCUACUGCACCCUGGCCGAAUUGUUCUCGCACGCAUCUAUGAACGGUAGCAUUCGACUCACGGUCCCUCUAGCCCCUACCGUCUAUACGCUCGCCUUUACACCAAUCAACUCGGUCAUCUCCAUUAUGAGUUCAGUUCUUGCCAGCUAUAAAUCGUCCUUCGAAUCGUCCCUCACGUCCCAGGUUCUCCAGGUCCCGAGCUCUCAAGAUUCCCUCUACCCGACGGAACUCGUAGGCCAGUUCAAUGGCUACAUCAUGGACGUUUGCAACUUACUGUGGCGGAACCGAGGACUGAAUUCUGAAGAUCCUAACGCAUUGGGCUGCUUGAUACCACCCGCCACCAUCGGCGCACUCACGCGAUACAUUCGUGAAUCAAAUGAGAAAGAAAGGAAACGCGAGACCGCUUUCUCCUACACGAUUUCCUCGAUCUUCUCCUUGAGUCACCAUGUAGCCUUAUGCAACAUGUCUGCGGCUUGUUUCUCUGAUAUCGAAGACGAGAACAACAUCGGUGAAGACCGGCCCAAGCUGAAGAAACCCGUGACACAGAAGGCAUUGAGCGCUCUUGAGAAAGAAGGCGGAAUGAAGAUGACCUGGCAGGAGUAUAGGGUACGUAUGCUUGAUUGGCUUGAUGCGACAGGAGCCGUUGGAAUUGGCAAUCUGAUGCGGAGUACGAUGAAAGCUUUGCGAAAAGAGUAAGGUUCGAAACGACUUGUCAAGACCAUAAUUACCCCUGUUCAUACCCUCCAUUCACGAAUAUCUUUUGGAUAUAGGCUGCCUUAC